AAAAGUACAGUCUUUCACUUCAUGCUCUUUCAUUUUUCACUCCCUCAGGUUAAAGCUGAAGCUCAACAAAGAUAUAGUGAUCUCUGUUGGCAUUUAUAAUCUGGUCCAGAAGGCUCUCAAGCCUCCUCCAAUAAAGCUCUAUCGGGAAACAAAUGAACCAGUGAAAACCAAGACCCGGACAUUUAAUACAAGUACAGGCGGUUUGCUUCUGCCUAGCGAUACCAAGAGGUCGCAGAUCUAUGGGAGUCGUCAGAUUAUACUGGAGAAAGAGGAAACAGAAGAGCUAAAACGAUUUGAUGAUCCAGGUUUGAUGCUCAUGGGCUUCAAGCCCUUGGUAAUGUUGAAGAAGCACCAUUACCUGAGACCCUCCCUGUUCGUGUACCCAGAGGAGUCUCUGGUGAUUGGGAGCUCAACCCUGUUCAGUGCUCUGCUCAUCAAGUGUCUGGAGAAGGAGGUCGCAGCAUUGUGCAGAUACACACCCCGGAGGAACAUCCCCCCUUAUUUUGUGGCUUUGGUUCCACAGGAUGAGGAGUUGGAUGACCAGAAAAUUCAGGUCACUCCUCCAGGCUUUCAGCUGGUCUUUUUACCAUUUGCUGAUGAUAAAAGGAAGAUGCCCUUUACUGAAAAAAUCAUGGCAACUCCAGAGCAGGUGGACAAGAUGAAGGCUAUUGUUGAGAAGCUCCGCUUCACAUACAGAAGUGACAGCUUUGAGAACCCCGUGCUGCAGCAGCACUUCAGGAACCUGGAGGCCUUGGCCUUGGAUUUGAUGGAGCCUGAACAAGCAGUGGACCUGACAUUGCCCAAGGUUGAAGCAAUGAAUAAAAGACUGGGUUCCCUGGUGGAUGAAUUUAAGGAGCUGGUUUACCCACCAGAUUACAAUCCUGAAGGGAAAGUUACCAAGAGAAAACACGAUAAUGAAGGUUCCGGAAGCAAAAGGCCCAAGGUGGAGUAUUCAGAAGAAGAGCUGAAGACCCACAUCAGCAAGGGCACACUGGGCAAGUUCACUGUGCCCAUGCUGAAAGAGGCUUGCCGGGCAUAUGGGCUGAAGAGUGGGCUGAAGAAGCAGGAGCUGCUGGAAGCCCUCACCAAGCACUUCCAGGACUGACCAGAGGCCGCACACCCAGCCGUCCUUCCACAGUGUGGCCAGGCUGCCUGGCCUUGUUCUCAGCCAGUUAAAAUGUGUUUCUCCUGAGCUAGAAAGAGUCUACCCGACAGAAGUCGAGGGACUUUAUGUUUUUGAGGCUUUCUGUUGCCAUGGUGAUGGUGUAGCCCUCCCACUUUGCUGUUCCUUACUUUACUGCCUGAAUAAAGAGCCCUAAGUUUGUACUAGA